UUAGGUUUGACAUAAUCGUAUGUAUAUAUCAUAUUCAUUUUUGAACGAAAUGUUUACGAGCUACCUUCGUUACGAAGUUAUUAAAUAAAGUCGAGUUUAAAAUGAGUUUGAUGUGUUGAACGACUGCGCUGUCGAUGCGCGCCUCCCCGCACCUCGCACUAUCUCACCUACUUACGGCCUCGUCUAUAGGUAAACAAUGAGAAAUGACCAGCAAUCAAAUAUCUAAGAUAAGGCCACCGCUGAUAAGGUGGUAGCUGCGCCGCGAGCCGCACUAUCAGUGUUGUGUGCGUCUAGUUGCGGACAGGAUGCGGCGCGCGCUCGUUUUUCUCGCGCUGGCCGCCGCCUGCUGCGCGACGCGCGGCUGGACCUUCUGCGACGCACCCGGUGAGUGCGUGUGCAGGUACCACGAACGCGCCGAGGAGGACCUCAUGCGGCAGCACAUCGACUGCUCCUACGGGAGGGGCGCCCACGCCGCCAAUCGCACGCUGCCCCCCCGGGCCCAUUCUCUCGACCUCUCCUCGAGCGGCUUGAAGAUAAUACGAUCGGGACCUUUCCUUCGGUCCAAAUCCUUACAGGAGUUGGGGCUUAAAAAUAACGACAUUACAUACAUCGAGCCGGACGGCCUCGCGCUCCCCGAUCUGCGCCGCCUCGACCUCAGCUACAACCGACUGGAGCGACUGGACGCCGCCGUCUUCCGCUCUAUUACGAAGCUAGAGUUCUUAAAUUUGGCGAAUAAUAAUUUUGUGUCGUUCGCAAAACUCACUUUCCAUCCGCUGCGGGAGCUGCGCGAGGUCAUCCUGAACAACAACAACAUCGGGCCCGCCCUCCGGGACACUGACCUGUUCGACAGAGACGGGUUCGGCCUGACGAACAAGAUCCAGAAGGUAUCCAUCGGUGGUAUCGGUCUGGGCCGCGUGCACUCCAACUUCUUUGUGGACGCCUACGAUAUACGGGAGCUGGUCAUCACCAACAACGAAUUGAGGGAGCUGUUCGAGAUCCCGUUCACCUUGGAGUACCUGGACGUAUCUGACAACCCUAUCCGAGAGAUAUCGGGCGAGGAUUUUACCGACUUGACGGCGCUGAAGGUGCUCAAGAUGAACAACCUCGGCAUCGGGUCGGUGCCGGCGUACGCGCUGGAACCGCUGCGAGCGCUCGUGAGGCUCGACCUUGAGAGAAAUCUUAACUUGUCGGAGUUCAGCGCGCUGGCGUUCGGACAAGAAGUGCUGGAGGACGCGGACGACUUCACACUGGAGGAGCUAUCGCUUAAGUCGUCCCGGUUGCAGACCCUGGACCGGCGGCUUCAGGUGCCCCUGGGGCGGCUCUCUCGCCUCGACCUGCAAGGCAACCGCUGGCACUGCGAUUGCCGGCUGGCCUGGAUCAAGCAGUUUCAAAUGAAAGCAAACGAUUACGAGCACCUGAGAUGCUACACCCCGAAGUCGCUUUUUAACAGCAAAAUAUUCGAGUUGAAGGAGAAGUACUUUCGAUGCCCCCGGGAGCGAGGCGGCGGCGGCGUCGGCUCGGGCAUGGCCGUCGGCCUCAUCGCGUUUUGCAUGUUCUCGUCGGCGGCGGCGCUGUGGCUGUUCUGGUACUUGCCGGGCUGCCCGCCGCGGGGCCGCGCGCUGCCCACAGCCGCCUACUCCGCGCUGCCGCUGCACGCGCCCACCGCAACUAUAGCACCCACCGCCCUCUAACUAGUGUAAGCAUACACCCUUGUACAAUGUUUUCGACGGUAUCUGAUAUUAGGGAAGCUUCUGUGAUACUAUUUAUAGUUUGGCAGCAUUCAUGUAAAUAAUCCCUUCGUUGUUGACUUAUGACUUAUGUCCUAGUUAUUUUUCCAUUUCGUUCGCAUCUUCUGAACCGUUUUCUUAUUCUGUUAAAUACAUCUUAUUUGUUUAUUCAAGAUCAUAUUCACCUGUAUAUCGUAUAAGCAAUAUAUUCUCAGUUCUAUAUUGCGUGUUGUUCGACACCAUUAUAAAUUCAUUAACAAUGAUAACUUUAUUACUUUUAAAUUAGAGUAAGAGUACUAGUGCUAGUUUACAUACAAACACCAUUUUAAUGAUGAGUGAAUCGGCGCCGGCGUGAAACUGCGACAACGACAUAGAAAAAUAAUACAAAUUUAUGCUCGAAAAUUAUUUAUAAUUUGAGAAGAUUUUCUUCAUUUCGUAGAUUAGACGAAAAUGUUACCCAAAUGAGGAGCACACAGUCACAGUCAACAUGACUGCAAUAGAAUACAUUUGUUGGUCCUCUUGAAAACUAUGUUGUUGUCGCUCCCGAUAAGUUAGGUUAUGUAAAUAAUAGUAUACAUUCAAAGUUCACUUUAUAUAUUUGUAAAAUACAAAAGAUAUACAAAAUGUGUUCGUGUUCGUGUUCGCGUACAAACAAGCGUGCGCGCCGCUCUCCGGCAAACUUUGUGCGCUUUAUUAAUAUACAUUUUUUGUGAACAAUAAAAUUGAACCUCAUAAGACGGAAACUAAUACAAAUGUUUACC